AUGGACCUAUUCUCCGCCGCCUGCGAGAACUUCGGUCUGGUCAUCAACACACAGAAGACGGUGGUGAUGCACCAACCGCCACCCAACUCAGCCACAGCUCGCAACGCGCCGCCGCAAAUCAGCGUGAAUGGGACCCAACUGCAAGUGGUGGAGAACUUCCCCUACCUGGGCAGUACUCUCUCCCGCAACACCAAGAUCGACAACGAAGUUGCCAACAGGAUCUCGAAAGCCAGUCAAGCCUUCGGUCGCCUCCAAAACACAGUUUGGAAUCGCCACGGUCUUCCGCUAAGCACGAAGCUGAAGAUGUACAAGGCCGCCAUCCUGCCGACACUACUGUAUGGAGCGGAGACUUGGACGGUGUACGUAAAGCAGGCACGCCGUCUGAUCUACUUCCACCUCAGUCGUCUUCGUCGCAUCCUGAGGCCGAACUGGCAGGAUCGAAUCCCCGACACUGAUGUGCUGGAACGGACGGGAAUCCUCAGCAUCUACGCCAUACUGAGGCAAAUUCAGCUGCGCUGGAGCGGCCACCUGGUGUGCACGGACGACGAGCGAAUACCCAAACGACUCUUCUACGGAGACGUCGCGACCGGUUCUCGCCGACAAGGAGACCAGAUUCGCCGUUACAAGGAUACCCUGAAGUCCUCCCUGAAACGCCUGCAAAUCAACCCCACCAACUGGGAGGAGGUCGCACUCGAUCGACCGACCUGGAGGAGGACAGUGAAGACAGGCGCUGCGAUCUACGAGGCCAACCGCAUCGCUGAUGCCAAAGCGAAUCGUGAAGCCCGCAAAUCACAACUUCGUCCAGUAAGCAACGCCGCCGCACAACCGCUUCCAACGUGUCCUCGAUGUCAACGGACAUUCCGGGAUCGAAUCGGACUUGUUGGACAUCUUCGGAUCAACUGCGCCUCUCGAACUGCGCCAACCAUCGUUCCCCCGCCUGCCUCUUCCUCCUCCUCUCCGCCGCCAAAUAACCCUGACAAUUCUUCCAACCCACCACUUCCAUCCUCCUCGUCCUCCUCCUCCUCCAUCUUCUUUUUCUCCUCCUCCUCCUCCUCCUCGCCCACUGCUCCAACGGCGGCCGCUCAAGCGACUGUCCCGCGCACAGCAACCGACACUACCACCACCUCCCCCGACUCCAGGGAUGAGGAUCAGGACUACACCUGCCCUCACUGCGACCGCACCUUCACCUCACACAUCGGCCUGGUCGGUCACCUGCGAAUCCAUCGCACAGAGACCGAUGAACCAAUGCGUGAAGCACCAACCUACACCCGCCGCACUCGCCUCCACUGCCCACACUGCCCUCGCACCUUCAGGCAUCGCAUGGGCCUAUUCGGCCACAUGCGCAUCCACGAGUGUGGCCUUGACCGCACUCCGGACACACGCACCACAUCCCACACAUCCACCGUGCACACCCCCCACCCUCGCUCCAUCCGUCCGCGCCGCCAACACCACCGCCUCCUCUGUAGCUAA